CUUCCGGCUGAUGGAGGUCACUGUCUCACGUUGCGCUAAAGUCAACCGAUUAUUUUCUAUGGAAAUGGAGUAAACGAAAGAUUUUGGGUGUUUUUUCGGACUUUGUCUCCGUGCUCCGUGUACCGGGCUGCUCUGGGCCGCUCAGCCGGACUUUGCUGCUGUUUAUUCGGACUCUGUGAGCAGGAUGUCUUUGCUGUGGGGUGUGAGGCCGCUGCUGGCGUCUCUGUUUCACGCCUCCCAGCAUGCCUCUGCCUGGACGUCCCCCCUCCUGUCCAGGACCAUGGCCACCCUCAACCAGAUGCACCGGCAGGGGAAGCCCAAGACCCCUCCUAAAGCCCUGGGGGCCACGUUCGGCCGGCCGCAGCUCAAGGCCGUGGUGCUGAAGACCAUGAUCCGCAAGCCCAAGAAGCCCAACUCCGCCAACAGGAAGUGCGCCCGCGUGCGGCUGUCCAACGGGAAGGAGGCGGUGGUCUUCAUCCCCGGGGAGGGACACAACCUGCAGGAGCACAACGUGGUGCUGGUGGAGGGGGGGCGCACCCAGGACCUGCCGGGGGUCAAACUCAAAGUGGUCCGGGGCAAAUAUGACUGUGCUCAUGUGGUGAAGAAGAAGCAGUAGACUCCAGAGGGUGUGUGUGUGUGUGUGCUAUUUUUUUUCUUUUGUUUCUUUUUUAAAUAUGUGAAUCUCAUUUCAACAACCUCAGCAGACAGAACCUCGGACUUCCCAACAACUCCGGCGCCCUCCUGAAAGGUUCUGGACCAGUAAUUGGAAGGCUCCAUGAGGGUUCAAUGUUUUUGGUGAUCAGGUCAAAAUGUUUGAUUCUUUGCUGUUUUCAAUAAAAUCAAACUCAUCUGAAUCUGA